AUGUCACCAGAACUAUUUCAAAAGUACCACCCGUUCCUCGACAACCGAACCAGUUGCUCUCUGGGCCAUCAACAUGAGCUCGGCUGCUGGCUGUGGGAUUUUCUUGAAGGUUAUCUGCUGGACACCCAACUUAUAACGAAGAAACUCGGUGAAUAUGUUAUGACUUACCACGAGGCAGCCAUCUUAGCUUAUCUGAACGGUCGUGGUGGGGCGCCGAAGUUGCACUGCGCCAAUAUCCGCACCGGAGUGCUCGUCAUGGAGUUCAUCAAUGACCCAACGCUAGAGGACUUCUUCAUUUUCGGAACCCUAUCCUAUGACCGGUGGCUUAAGGUUUUAGUUGCCGUGGCCGAACGCCUUCAGGAGGUGCAUGAAGCGGGCAUCGUCCAUAACGACUUCAAGUUAGAUAACUGCUUAGUCAGCUUUAACUACGGAGAAUGUAACGCUCACAUUAUAGAUUUUGGUCUCUCAGGCAAAAUCGGGUAG